AUGUCGAGUCCCAAUUCUUCCGUUCGGCAGCGAGUUGGGAAAGAGAAGAGCAAAGUCAAUGGCAAGGUCGACCAGGCUGAGACAGAGAUCAAGAAUGUCUACGAGAGCGCAAAGCAGAAUGUGUCCAAGGAAUGGGACUACAAGGUCGCCAUUAGCAUAAUCACCUUCCUAGCCUUUGCGACCAGGUUCACAGGGAUUAGCCAUCCUAACGAGGUUGUGUUUGACGAGGUGCACUUUGGAAAGUUCGCAUCCUACUACCUGCAACGAUUGUACUUCUUCGAUGUUCACCCUCCCUUUGCGAAACUUCUAUUUGCCUUUGUUGGCUGGCUAGUUGGCUUCGAUGGUCACUUUCUAUUCGAGAAUAUUGGAGACUCGUAUAUCGACAACAAGGUGCCAUACGUGGCGUUUCGAGCUCUCCCUGCGCUGUUGGGUACCCUCACUGUGCCCAUUGUCUUUCUGAUUAUGUGGGAGUCUGGAUACUCCCUACCCGCAUGCGUCCUCGCUUCCUGCAUGGUCCUCUUCGACAACUCGCACAUUGGCCAGACACGACUUAUCCUCCUUGACGCGACCCUAGUCUUCUUCAUGGCACUCAGUGUAUUGUGCUACAUCAAGUUCUACAGGCAGAGGCACGAUCCUUUUGGUCGAAAAUGGUGGAAGUGGCUCCUUUUGACUGGUUUCAAUAUGAGCUGUGUCAUGUCUACAAAAUACGUCGGCCUGUUCAUUUUCGUCGCUAUUGGGUGCGCAGUGGCUAUUGAUCUUUGGGAUCUAUUGGACAUCAAUAGAAAAGGAGGUACUCUGGACAUGGUCACAUUUGGAAAGCACUUCGCUGCUCGUGCUGCUGGUUUGAUCAUUGUACCUUUCUUUUUCUACCUCUUCUGGUUCCAGGUCCACUUUGCUAUCCUUACCAGAUCCGGUCCUGGCGACGAUUUCAUGUCCCCGGAAUUUCAAGAAACUCUAUCAGACAACCCUAUGCACGCGGCAGCUGUCGACAUUCAUUACUACGACUCCAUCACUCUCCGACACAAGGACACCAAGGUCUACCUUCACAGCCAUACCGAAAACUACCCUCUACGGUAUGACGAUGGUCGUAUUUCGAGUCAGGGUCAACAGGUUACAGGCUAUCCUUUCAACGACACGAACAACCACUGGCAGGUUCUCCCUCACAACUAUCCAACACCACUAGACCAAGCUCAGGAAAAUAUCGUCAGAGUCGGAGACGUCGUCCAAUUGAGACAUGUCGUCACAAACACUAUGCUAUUGUCCCACGACGUGGCUUCUCCAUACUAUCCUACCAACCAAGAAUUCACCACAGUCAGCCCCGAACUUGCUGCUGGUGACAGACACAAUGAUACCUUGUUCGAGAUCCGAGUAGAAGGUAGCAAGCCCGGUCAGUCGUUUAAGAGUAUGUCCAGUCAAUUCAAACUCGUUCACUACCCAACGAAAGUUGCUAUGUGGACUCAUACCACGCCACUUCCUGAAUGGGCAUUCAAGCAGGCUGAGAUUAACGGCAACAAAAACGUUCAGCAAACCAGUAAUAUUUGGUACGUGGACGAUAUUGCAGGACUUCCUGAUGACUCUCCUCGACGAAUUAGGGAGGAAAGAAAGCCAAAACAUGUACCCUUCCUCAAGAAAUACUUUGAGUUGCAACGAGCCAUGUUCUACCACAACAAUGCCUUGACGGCGAGCCAUCCUUAUGCUUCUUUGCCUUUCCAGUGGCCAUUCUUGCUUAGAGGUGUCAGCUUCUGGACUCAAGAGAGCACACGCCAACAGAUCUACUUCCUAGGUAAUCCUCUGGGAUACUGGAUCGCGACAGCUCUCCUGGCCGUAUUUGCUGGCAUCGUCGGUGCUGACCAGCUCUCACUCCGACGAGGUGUCGAUGCGCUUGAUCACCGGACACGAUCUCGUUUCUACAACAGUACUGGCUUCUUCUUUUUGUGUUGGGCUCUACACUACUUCCCCUUCUAUCUCAUGGGUCGACAGUUGUUCCUACACCACUAUCUACCUGCCCAUUUGGCCAGUUGCCUCGUGGCUGGUGCUCUCGUCGAAUUCAUCUUCAAUGUCGAGCCAGUUCUGGAUGACGAGACUGUGCAGGCAAAGAAAGAUAAGAUUGUCGCAAAAGUUCCAGAAAAGACGAGGCGGGCAUUUGUCUCUGCUUCGGAACGAAUGAAGGACAACAGCUUGCUGACUACUUGGAUUGCUGUUGGUGUGAUCAUGAUCCCUAUACUAGCUGGUUGGUACUAUUUCUUGCCAUUGACUUAUGGUAGACCAGGCUUGACUGUGGAAGAAGUCAAUGCUAGGAAGUGGCUUGGCUAUGAUCUACAUUUUGCCAAAUAG